AUGGUAUUCAGCAGGUCCAGAUCUGGAGGAUGGAUGGUGUCGUUCGCGGCUAUCAUCUACGCAAUGUUCCUGGUAGCUCUCCCACUGGCUUCACAAUCGAAGUCGUCUCACGGGUUUGCCAGAGCAGACGAUGUGGAGAACUACGGCACAGUGAUCGGUAUCGAUCUGGGGACCACGUAUUCGUGUGUCGCGGUGAUGAAAAACGGGAAAACAGAAAUUUUGGCCAACGAGCAAGGUAACAGAAUCACACCCUCAUACGUGGCCUUCACAGACGAAGAAAGACUAAUUGGUGACGCGGCCAAGAACCAGGUGGCGUCAAACCCUCACAACACCGUUUUCGACGUCAAGAGACUCAUUGGGCUCAAGUACAGCGACGACUCCGUACAAAAGGACAUCAAGCAUCUGCCCUUCAACGUCAUCAACAAGGACGGCAAGCCUGCCGUGCAGGUCACCGUCAAAGGCGCCGAGAAGGUGUUCACGCCGGAGGAGAUUUCGGCCAUGAUUUUGGGCAAGAUGAAGCAGAUCGCCGAGGACUAUCUCGGCAAAAAGGUGACCCACGCCGUCGUCACCGUCCCUGCCUAUUUCAACGACGCCCAGAGACAGGCCACCAAGGACGCAGGUACGAUCGCGGGACUCAACAUUUUGAGAAUCGUCAACGAGCCCACUGCCGCUGCCAUUGCGUACGGUUUGGACAAAUCUAAGGAAGAACACCACAUCAUCGUGUACGACCUGGGUGGUGGUACUUUUGACGUUUCUCUACUGUCCAUCGAAGGCGGUGUUUUCGAAGUCCAGGCUACCGCUGGUGACACUCACUUGGGUGGUGAAGAUUUCGACUACAGAAUUGUGCGUCACUUCAUCCAAUUGUUCAAAAAGAACCACGGAAUCGAUGUCAGCAAGAACGCCAAGGCCUUGGCCAAGCUAAAGAGAGAAGCCGAGAAGGCCAAGCGUUCGCUAUCCAACCAGAUGUCCACUCGUGUUGAAAUCGACUCCUUCGUUGACGGUAUCGACUUCAGUGAGACCCUAACCAGAGCCAAGUUCGAAGAAUUGAACUUGGCCAUGUUCAAAAAGACUUUGAAGCCUGUGGAGAAGGUACUGGCUGACGCCGGUUUCAACAAGGAAGACAUUGACGACAUUGUGCUAGUCGGUGGCUCCACCAGAAUUCCAAAAGUCCAAAGUUUGUUGGAAUCCUACUUUGGUGGCAAGAAGGCCUCCAAAGGUAUCAACCCUGACGAAGCUGUGGCUUACGGUGCUGCUGUGCAAGCUGGUGUCUUGUCCGGUGAGGAAAGUGUGGAAGAUAUUGUUCUUUUGGAUGUCAACGCCCUUACUUUGGGUAUUGAAACCACUGGUGGCGUCAUGACUCCAUUGAUCAAGAGAAACACUGCCAUUCCAACCAAGAAGUCUCAGAUGUUCUCCACCGCCGUGGACAACCAACCAACAGUUAUGAUUCAAGUUUACGAAGGUGAAAGAGCCAUGGCCAAGGACAACAACAGAUUGGGUCAAUUCGAGCUAACUGGCAUUCCAUCGGCCCCAAGAGGUGUUCCACAGAUCGAAGUUACUUUUGCGCUAGACGCCAACGGUAUCUUGAAGGUCUCUGCCACCGACAAGGGAACCGGUAAGUCCAACUCCAUCACCAUCACCAAUGACAAGGGCAGACUAUCUUCCGAGCAGAUCGAGAAGAUGGUGGAAGAAGCUGAGAAGUUUGCUUCUGAAGACGCCGAGGUUAGAGCCAAGAUUGAGGCUCGUAACCAACUAGAAAACUACGCUCACUCUUUGAAGAACCAAGUCAACGGUGAGUUGGCCGACAAGUUCGAAGAAGAGGACAAGGAAACUCUAUUGGACGCUGUCAACGAUGCUUUGGAAUGGAUCGAAGACAACUCUGACACUGCCAUGGCUGACGACUUCAAGGAGAAGUUCGAAUCCUUGUCGCAAGUCGCCUACCCAAUCACCUCUAAACUAUAUGGUGGCGCUGGUGCCGCCGGUGCUGGAGAGGAAGACGAGGACGAAGAUGAUGACUACUUCGACCAUGACGAAUUGUAA